AUGUCCGCCCAGGUCGCGGACAACAACUGUCCCGGAGGUUGUUCGUGCAGCAGACUCCGGGUAGAGAUCGAAAUCAAGCGGCACUACACGUACAAAGUGUACACGCCGGGAAGUCUCAUCUGUGGCCAUGUGGCGAUUCACACACCGUCCGACCUUGUCUUGCACGACAUCGACAUUGCCUUCAUCGGCAGCGCCGCAACCCGAAACUUCGUCCAGCCCGAUCCCGUGUGCGCAACCAAGCCGUUUAUGAAGCUGAGCAUGCCGAUAGACAGCGCCUCCUUUCCAGCAGGCCAUGUCUUCAAAGCCGGCAGCGUCUACACGGUCCCGUUCCAUUUCGUCGUCCCGGCUCAGCUGCUCGCGAGUUCCUGUCGACACCGUUGCAGCAACGCCGCCGUCCGGGAACGCCAUUUGCGACUCCCUCCCUCGAUGGGAUUCUCCCCAGGCAACGACCAGAGCCCCGACGAGGCGAGUAUCGUCUACAGCAUCAUAGCCACCGGCACGAGGUAUCUCUCGGAGCCGCCUGUUCCCGUGCGACUGUUCGAAGCGUACAGGACAAUCAGGAUUCUCCCCACAAGCCCCGAGGACGCACCACUCGACAUCGCGGCCGACAACGGUCGGUACGUCCUCUCCAAGACUCAAUGUCUCUGGAGGACAUUCUUCGCCGGGCGCGAAGGCACGUUGACGGCGUCGGCCUCACAACCCAAGGCCGUGAUGCUGUCCGCGGACGAAACAGCGGCGUCACGGUCCCUGGUGCGGCUCACGUUGACCUUCACCCCGGCCUCGUCGGACAAUGCUACGCCUCCACGUGUGAAGGCGGUGUCGGCAAAGAUGAUAACCACUACGUUUUUCGACGUCUCGCCCCUCGGCCGGCUUCCCAGUAUCGAAACUUGGGCGAGGAGCGAAGACGCGCCAUUCCAGCAUUCGACGAGCUACAAGCUGUUUGACGAGCAGGUCGAGGGGCUGCUCGUCUGGACCGAAGAUGCCGACGAGACGGCCGAGACGCCCGAGCCCGAGCUGCAGCGACGACGUGCUUCAUAUCCCGUCGACUCUGGCCGCGCGCCCAACAGACGCGAGACGCUGACUCGCCGCCGCACCAGCGAGCACCAAGGCUCCAGGCCCGCGGCGUGCUUCACAUCAGCCAUAGACAUCCGCUUCAGCAUCCCGGGCGAUAGGAGCAUCUCCUUCCUGCCGUCCUUUGACUCGUGCCUCAUCUCACGCGCGUACUGCUUGCGGCUGGCAGUCUCGCUUGGAGCUGCGCACUCGAGCCUCGUCCUGAAACUGCCUCUCCAGAUUGGUGUUCAAGGCGCCGUCCCCGAGACAUUGCGCGCCGGGGCGGCUGAUGACGAGUCGGAAAGGAAUAGGACCCGGCACAUGGCUGCCGCGCGUUACAACGUAUUGCCCGAGUAUAGCGUGGUCUUGUAA